GGUUUAGAGGAAGAAAAUGGCGGGGUUCGCAGCGUCAAAUUCAGACGACAGUCCGAAACAGUUCGAGGGGAGGAUCACGAUCUACGUAGUGUUAUGUGGAAUAAUUGCGGCCACAGGAGGAUUGAUGUUUGGUUAUGAUGUUGGGAUCUCGGGAGGGGUGACAGCAAUGGAUGACUUCCUAGAGAAAUUUUUCCCUUCGGUCUACGUAAAGAAGCACGAAGUCAAGGAGGACAACUACUGCAAGUUUGAUGACCAAGGCCUCCAGCUCUUCACGUCAUCUCUCUACCUUGCUGCUCUGGUGGCGAGCUUUAUUGCCUCCAAAACAUGCAAAAGUUAUGGCAGAAAGUUGACGAUGCAAGCAGCAUCCAUCUUUUUCUUGGUGGGUGUUAUUCUUAAUGCGGCAGCUCGAGAUCUAGCCAUGUUAAUCGUAGGACGAAUCCUCCUUGGCGUUGGUGUCGGAUUCGCUAACCAGGCAGUUCCUCUGUUUUUGUCAGAAAUCGCACCGGUACGAAUUCGAGGAGCUCUGAACAUCCUUUUCCAGCUUGACGUGACGAUCGGCAUUCUCGUAGCAAAUGUUGUGAACUAUUUCACUUCAUCUAUUCGACCAUGGGGAUGGAGAUUGUCGCUCGGCCUUGCCGGCGUACCGGCGUUAAUUCUAUGCUUUGGCUCCUUAUUAAUCACCGAGACUCCCGCCAGCCUCAUCGAGCGUCAGAAAUUGGAUGAAGGUCUCGCCGUGCUCAAGAAGAUCAGGGGUACCGAGAAAGUCGAGUUGGAAUUCAAUGAGAUUGUGGAUGCUAGCAAGAUCGCUCAACAAGUGAAGCACCCAUUUCGAAAUGUGAUGAUGCGACGCAGUCGCCCGCAGUUGGUCAUUGCCAUCUUGAUGCAAGUCUUUCAGCAAUUCACUGGAAUCAAUGCCAUAAUGUUCUAUGCCCCGGUCCUCUUCCAAACAAUCGGAUUCAAGAACGAUGGCUCGUUGCUCUCUGCAGUUAUAAUGGGGCUCGUAAAUGUUUUAUGCACGGUUGUCUCCAUACUCUUGGUGGAUCGGCUUGGGAGGAGGAUCUUGCUGCUCGAAGCUUGUGCCCAGAUGUUAAUUUCACAGGCUGCAAUUGGUGCCGUUCUGCAAGUAUUUAUGAAAGCGAACAACAACCUUCACCAAGAUGUGGCCAUUUGGGUGGUCGUGCUGGUUUGCCUGUUCGUAUCGAGCUUUGCAUGGUCAUGGGGACCUCUUGGCUGGCUGAUUCCAAGUGAGACCUUCCCCCUGGAGACGAGGACGGCUGGGUUCGCCUUCGCAGUCAGCUCGAACAUGCUCUUCACCUUUAUCAUCGCCCAAGCCUUCCUCUCCAUGAUGUGUCACAUGAAAGCAGGCAUUUUCUUCUUCUUCGCUGCAUGGAUCGUGGCCAUGGCGUUUUUUGUUGUCUUCCUACUGCCGGAGACGAAGAACGUGCCCAUCGAUGAGAUGACGGAGAGGGUGUGGAAGAAACACUGGUACUGGAGGCGGUUCGUGGAUCACGGGGAGGAUCAGAAUGAGACAAGGGAUGUUGAGGAUUCCGCCAAUCGACUUUAAAAUGGAUGAGAAGGAUUGCGAUUGAUUGAUUCUUUUUCCUCCUUUUCUCGUUGUUCCAAGCACCGAUGGUCCUCCCUGUGGCCAACUUUUCUGCACGAACAGAAGCUGAUGAAAGAGUAUAUCCAAAACUAUAUGUGGUUUAUAUCUUGUGUAGAUAAGGCUUGCAUUAUCGCAUGCAUGUUCAGACAAUAGUUAUCAUGUGAUGCCACCAACAAUGGACAAGCAAAAUAU